CUCUGCUUUUUUUUUUUUUUUCUCUUUCAAUGAUGGGUACGCUUCACCUCUAAGUUUUGACCAAAGAAAGUUUCUUCAUUUCUCUUCUCUUCUCUCUUGUGGUCACCGUUUCAUUGGGAUAUACCAGAGAAUGCUAAGAUUCACUCUUCAUCUCUCGACUUCGUCAUGAGUUUCUUCUCUGCUUGUCAAUGGAGAUGAUGAGCUCUUCUUCUUCUUCUACUCAAGUCGUAUCAUUCAGAGACAUGGGGAUGUAUGAACCAUUUCAACAGUUAUCUGGUUGGGAGAAUCCUUUCAAAGAUGUCAACAAUAUUGAUAACAACAAUCAGAACAACAAUCAGAGUUCUUCAACCACACUUGAGGUUGAUGCUAGACCAGAACCAGAUGAUAACAAUAGAGCCAAUUAUGCUUCUUUGUAUAAUAACUCUGUUGAAGCAGAACCUUCUAGUAAUAAUGAUCAAGACGAAGACCGGAUCAAUGAUAAGAUGAAACGGCGUUUGGCUCAGAAUCGAGAAGCUGCUCGCAAAAGCCGUUUGAGAAAGAAGGCCCAUGUCCAACAGUUAGAAGAAAGCCGGUUGAAGUUGUCACAGCUCGAGCAGGAACUUGUAAGAGCAAGGCAACAGGGAUUAUGCGUUCGCAAUUCAUCAGACACUAGUUAUCUAGGACCAGCUGGGAACAUGAACUCAGGGAUUGCUGCAUUUGAGAUGGAAUACACACACUGGCUCGAAGAGCAAAACAAGAGAGUUAGUGAGAUUCGAACAGCGCUUCAAGCUCAUAUAAGUGACAUUGAGCUUAAAAUGCUGGUUGAUACUUGCUUGAACCACUACGCAAAUCUCUUCCGCAUGAAAGCUGAUGCUGCAAAGGCUGAUGUGUUCUUCUUGAUGUCGGGAAUGUGGCGAACUUCAACUGAACGCUUCUUCCAAUGGAUUGGAGGUUUCCGUCCAUCCGAACUGUUGAAUGUUGUGAUGCCAUACAUUGAGCCCUUAACCGAUCAACAAAUCUUGGCGGUGCGUAACCUCCAACAAUCAUCUCAGCAAGCAGAGGAGGCUCUCUCUCAAGGCUUAGAUAAACUUCAGCAGGGUUUGGUCGAAAGCAUAGCAGUUCAGAUAAAAGUUGUUGAGUCUGCGAAUCACAGUGCUCAAAUGGCUUCGGCCAUGGAUAAUCUUCAAGCAUUGGAGACUUUUGUGAACCAGGCGGAUCAUCUAAGGCAGCAGACUCUGCAACAAAUGAGUAAGAUCUUGACAACAAGACAGUCAGCUCGAGGCUUGCUCGCUCUAGGAGAGUACUUCCACAGGCUUCGUGCUCUUAGUUCUCUUUGGGCAGCUCGUCCACGAGAACACACUUAACAAGUUAGGAGAGAGACAAAGGGAAGAGAAAGAAGCCAAGGAAGAGUCUUCAACCUUGGAUGAUGUUAGCUAGGAACUUGUUUAUCUCUCAUAAAAGUGUUUGGGAAUGUAUGCUCCAUUAGAGCAUCACCUUCCUCAUUGAAGUUUUUGGUUUACAGAAAACGAAUAAGGUGUAAAUUUGGGUGGAAACAUUUGAUAAAUAAGGCUCCUUCAUAUUUGUAAAAUAUAACAGGGUUUGCAGUCUUCUUAUAUGAGAAUUUGUUUCCCAGUC